CACAUAUUAUGUCUCUCUCCAUUUGUACAUAUAUAUCAAAGGGAUAUUGCAAUUUGAUGAUCUUCUUGAUAUAGGAAAAAGAAUCCAACAUGUGUGGUGCCAUAUUUUACCCUGGAAGCGAAAUUUCAGAUUGGUUUGACCUUGUAAGUAAUGAAAAUUUUAUAAAGCUUCCAACGGGUUGCCUCAAUGAUAAUGUAAUCGGUUUCGCUUUGUGCGUUGUUUUAUCAUCUCCAUGCAAGAGUCUAGAUUUGGAAGACUGUUAUUUCAGAGUUGAAUUUGAUCUUUUUGUUGAUGAGAAGCUCGUUUCCCGUGGCCUUCUCCGAAGGGCCAGUGCAACCUUAUAUGCUUCAAAAUCAGAUUUAGAUUAUGUAAUCAUAGGAUUUGAGUACAUAGUUUUGUCUAAAUUGCUUCCACUCGGUUCGAAUAGCGAGGGCCGCGUUGAGUUUGAUUAUUAUUGUUCUCCGUACAAGUUGAAAAAGUGUGGAGCUAGAUUGUUGUACGUCGAAGAUAAUGAUUUGAGAACAGAUGCAAGAGUGGACAGAGACCAGAGAUUGAAAUCUAUAAAUGGCUCUGAUGAGUGAUGAUGACUGUAUGUAAAAAGGCUACAGUAAGUGGACUCAAACAUUGAAUUCAAUUUUAUUUAUUUAGUGAUA